AUGUAUUACAAUCAAAUCGGCUUCAAGAUCAAAAUCAUUAACCUAGUUAAUAGUAACAUUAAAGAUUGCAGUCUGAGUGUGACGUUGUUUACGGGAGUAGGACGAAAGCCUUAUAGAAUUCAAGAAUUCAAUGCACCAAUGUCUCAUCAAGUUAAAUCUCUUGUUAUGAUCUCCCAAGAAGUGAUCGCCAAGCAUAUAGAAGGUCUAAGUGAUGUUGGUGGUGUUCCAUAUUGGCUAUUGAAAGAACCACUCAAAAGGGCAACACCACAGCAACUGUAUCGUAUCGAGAGGGCAAGUCCGCACCUUGUACCAGAAUCAGAUGAACUUUGGUUAUCGCAUUGUAUGUGCUACUCCGAUUUAAGAGAAGCUUACAGAGACGGAGAAUAUCAGGAUUCUCGUAUGUGGAGACAGCUCUAUCUCAAAAGAUAUGAAGAGGCCGCAAGGAAAAGACAACUUGUGAGCCAAAAGGUCAAAAGUCAAUACAGCAAAAUACAGAGCGAAAAGGCUGCUAGAUCAAUCAAGGUUCUUAAGGGAGUUGGCCCAAUUCGUGGCCGUACUUAUGAAGAGUCAAGUUAUUUGCCUUAUGGUCUGUUUUUUUUAAAAAAAAUUUUUUUGGCUUUCUAUCUAGGGACAACUGGAGCAAGCAAACUGUUCCGAGACACCAAAAAGGCAACUAUCAAAGCAUUAACCAUAAUACUGACUAUUAUCAUUACCUGGGUUCCUUUUGAUGUGAACAGAAAUGCCAUAUUCCACAGUCCAAUAAGACGAACGACCCAGUCGCCCUCCUUAUUCUACCCUUCAGAAUCGAUUAGAUCCCACCAACCCCCUUCUACGCUCUUUGCUCACACCAUAUCUCAACAACCCAAUCGCCCUAAUAAUACAAGACCGGUAUCUAAGCCCAUCGUACCACCAUCGGCAAAAUCUAAUAUUCCCAUACACAAUCAACCUCAGCAGACCAAGCAGAGACCUGUUCUCCAAUCUCCCACUUCUUCAAAUAAAUUAAAGAGAUCGCCAAGCCAACCUAAUCCAUCGUCGUCACCACCAAAACGACUAGCAGCCAUUGUAAAUUAUGACUUUUUUAAAGAGGUAAACUAAAACUAAAAAAAAACGAUGCCCAUGAAUAUGGAAAUGAACAUGUUCCUGUUCAUGCAUAUAUAAGUUAUUGUUAUCUCACAAUCGAUUUUUUAUAUUUUUAUAAAAAAAAUAGUAUUAGAAACGAUGAUACUUCUUUAUCGUUAUUAGUAUUAGUAUUAUUUAUAUAUUUC